AAGGUCACCGUUGUAAAAUCAAAAUAGUGCCAGUUUCGCAUCAGCCGGAGAGGGAAGGGGACGCCAUUUGUGCUCGGCAGGCCUUCAUCUCCCCUCACCACGCCCGCCAGCCCGGGACGGCACAAUGCUAGGAAGCUUGCCCAGGGCUGUGCCGGCCCUCUCAUGUGGUGGUGCUAAGACAGCGAGGGUGGCACUCCACCACAUCACACACAGGAGCCAGCUUCUUGCCCCUCUCAGCAGGGUCCCUAUAUCAGGACUAACGGCAAGGACGUACAGCAGGCGAAAACUGUUAACAUCGGUAUCAGCGUUCGUUCAAAGCGAUAAUGUGCAAUCAUCUUCAGUUCCUGACAAUGGAUUUGUGCAGAGCCGAUCAUACAAAAAUUUUGGUCACAGAAAGGAAAAAAUGUCCCGGGGGCAAAAGUGUGUGUAUUUACUUGUCCUGUCCAUGUUCCUCAUUGCUACAGUUGACUGGAACUACAUUAAGACGCUGUUUAUAGUGGAUGCAGCCAGUGUAGCAGAAACAGACCAGACUGAACAAAACUCGGAGGAGGAGGAAAAAAUAGAACUAGAAUCAUCUGAGAGUGAAGCAAACGAUGGGAUGGCGGAGGAAAAAAAGAAGAAGAAGCGAGUUGGAUUCAGAGACAGAAAGAUCAUUGAGUACGAGAACAGAAUUCGGGCUUAUUCCACCCCGGACAAAAUUUUCCGCUACUUUGCCACCUGCAAGUUAAUACAGAGGACGGAGGGUGGCAUUGACAAAACAGAGAUUUAUAUGACUCCAGAUGAUUUUCUGCGAGCACUGACCCCAGGGAUGCAGCAGCCCAAUGGCUUAGGCCUUGACCAGUUCAAGAGAUACGACCCCAAGAGGAAGAAGUCUAACAAUACCCCAGGAAUGGAUGAGUUGUCAGACAGUUACAAGGAAGGGGAGGAGGAGGAGACUGAAGAGGGAUAUGACCUGAGCACCACCUGCAAACUUGAACUUGCUCUUGAUGAAGAUUCCAUCUUCUACACAUUGGGCAGUGCUGGUCUCAUUUCCUUCUCAGACUUUAUUUUCUUGCUCACUGUACUUUCAACCUCUCGCCGCCAUUUUGAAAUAGCUUUCCGAAUGUUCGACCUGAAUGGUGAUGGUGAUGUGGACUAUGAGGAGUUUGACAAGGUGGCCACCCUGAUACGUAACCAGACCAGCAUCGGGGCACGCCAUAGGGACCACGCCAACACCGGCAAUACUUUCAAAGGAGUAAACUCGGCUCUCAGCACAUACUUCUUUGGUCACACCCUGAAGGAGAAGCUCACCAUUGAAAAGUUCUUGGACUUCCAGAAGCAGCUGCAGCAAGAGAUUCUCAGUCUAGAGUUUCGUCGAAAGGGCCCCAAUGAAGAAGGAUUGAUUAGUGAGGCUGAGUUUGCUGAGCUGUUGCUAGCAUAUGGAGGCUACACUACCAACAAGAAAGCCAAGAUGCUGAAGAGAGUGAAAAGGGCUUUCAAGGGUGAGGCAUCUCUGGGCAUCAGUCGUGAUGAUUAUCUCAAUUUCUUUCACUUUCUGAACAAUAUCAAUGAUGUUGACACCGCUCUGACUUUCUAUCACAUUGCUGGAGCUUCUAUUGAUCCUGCUACUUUGAAGCAUGUUGCCAAGACUGUUGCCCAUGUGGAGCUCUCAGAUCAUGUGGUGAAUGUUGUGUUCACACUCUUCGAUGACAACAAUGAUGGCCAACUGAGCAACAGGGAAUUUGUGGCAGUGAUGAAGAACCGGUUGCAGAGAGGUCUUGAAAAACCCAAGGACACAGGGUUUGUCAAGCUCAUUGCCUCAAUGUUCAAAUGUGCUAAGGAGACUAAGCCUGUUCUUCUGGACAUAUGAGGAAAGGUGCAUGUGCAGGAUGCGGAGCUAAAGGAGGCCGAGUGGAAGAAACACUGUGAGGGCUGCAAUUGUCGCAAAGGAAAACACCAGCACGACGAAGACACAGAAGAAGAGAAUGGAGAGGAGCAUGAAAAAUGAACAAACUUCUGUAAGUUGGGUUGCUGUUUGCAGUGGAAGAAUGAUUGGGUCAAGAGAAAUUCAAGGAUUUGCUAGUGGGUAGUAACAGGAAUUUAAUUAAUGAGCAGAGGCAAGAGGAUACUUUACGAUCAUUCAGAUAAAACGUGAAUUUUCUAUAUGAUAAAAUGAAAAGCAUUUAAAUGACAGAAAGAUAAUUGAGGUCAUGUCAUUCAUUUAAAAGUUUACCAAAUUCAUAUUUAAUAGAGAGAAAGAGUUUCUGAAUAGACCAUAUUCCAUAUACAGGUAGCACCACCUUCAGCCACACAAGAGAACUUUCAGGUUGGAUCAGUGCAUUUGAUGCAAAUUUGCCUUGUUUUUGUUAAUACCAGUUAAUUACAGUUUCAUGUUGGCAGGAAAUCUAGCAAAGGGGCACCAAUUUAUAUAUAUUGUGAGAGGCAGAGUUAUGAUCCAGUGGUGGCUAAGAAUAAAAUAGCACUUACUGGAAAGCAGCACAUACAGCCCUCUAAUGGUGGUUGAGUGGAUUGAUAUGGAAUAAGGUCUAUUAUUAACUUUUCUGACGGCAAAUUUGGAAGAUAUGAACUUCAGAGCAAAAGCAAACCAAGUUACCUUGCAUCAGAGCACUUUAACUUAUCAGAACAAGACUAAACUCUACCAUUAAUGAUAACAUUUCAUGACUGAAGUAGGACAAAAAUAGUUGAAGUAAUACCAAUAAAAUUUCCUAAGCACAUUUUUACAAUACAUGACUUCAAUGCAUAUAACUUUUUUUAAAUGAUCAUGCUUUAAAAUAAUUAUAGAAAAAACCUCAGAAGCAGAAAAGAGCUGCAGAAGGAAAUCUCCAUAUUCUGCCUUGGGUACCGCCACUGUGUUGCCUCACAGGCAUUGCCAGCCAGAUACCAUUCUCUUACACACACAUAUUGUUUUACCAUAUUCACCUAUUCACUCAGUUUUAAGGCCCUAACAUAAUGCCUUCUGCUCCCAAUAUAUUACAACUUAACAAAAUUAUAUUCCUGCCAUCAAAGGAGAUAGUUGCUCUUGGGAUAGUGUAUCAGGCAAUCAAUGAAUUCUUCAGUUUUUUCCUGUCACUUAAUUUUUCAGUUUUCUCCUGGCAUUUACAUUGAUAUUUGUAAUUAGCUCUUUUUUCCUUUGUAGCAUUGCAUGAUAGACUGCAUUCAUUAUAAACAGAACUAUAUUUCACAUCCUGUAAUUAUUGUUUUGAAUAUAUGUAUGGUGAUUUACUGGCAAAGCAAUAAAUUAAUAUUAUAUUCUAAGAAAGGGAUAGUGUGGCAGUCACAUACGAGUGUCCUGUGAGGAAAAAGAAAACUUGUUCAUUAAAGGUGCUUGAAAGUGGACGGAGCCCCCAGAGAAAUGAUAUGUUGCAUACCCAGCACAUGCAUACUGAUUCCUUAUCUUCACUAACAGGCAAAAACUAUCAUGUAUGUAAAUACUUCAUUUGAUUAGAGUGCUAAAAGGCAUUUAGAGGUAAACUUCUAAGUAUCAUUCAAAGGGUUCCUUGUAUCUAAGCAAUGAGAAAUGAUAGGAGGCUUUACAUCACAAAUUUUUACUCUAAUUUAUCUAGAGCAUGGUAGCUGAUAAGGAAUAAAAGAAAACAUAGAGUUGUCAUCGCUCAAAUAGAUGUGAUGUGUCUGGUAGUAGAAGUAAGAUUGCCUUUCAAGCACCGCAGCGGUUUGCACGCCCUUCUUAAAUGCAUCUAAAUUUUCUUCCUCUCUCCCAUGGUUUCCCUGACCAAAACUCACUGCAGGUUGGGGAGUUGAGGCUUCUAAUGGGCAGAGAUGCUUGCUUAUCAUGAAGAUUGCAUUUUAUUAGAGCUCACUCAUAAUGCUGUCUCAGAUCAGUGUAAUCUAGCUUCAUUGAGGUAUUGUUAUUUAUAUUCUAGCAAGCAUUUUCAUGUAAUAAGUCUGUUGCAUUUUUCUAUUGAAUGAAUUUUAAUAUGCAGUUUCAUAUUAACAAUUUUAGCAUUAGCUAUAAAAACUGAGUGAUAGUAACUUUACAAGAAUAAUUCCUAUUCAGAACAAUUUGAUAACCAUUGUUGAUUGAUGGUCAAGAGUUUGACACAUACAUGAACAUAAAUAGUAAUAGAGCAUUAAUGUGUAGAGUAAGAAAAUUCAACAGCAUAAAUAGUAGUACAUCUAAUUUUGAACCUUUUUUUGUAGAGUUUUGGUGUCAACAAUUCAACUUUCAUAUAUCCUGCCUCAUACCACACCCAAAUCUUGUCACACCUCAACCCAUCAUUAAAUAAAGGUGUCUUAUUAUAGGAAAAAAAGGUAACAAUGAGGCUUGUGUUGAUCAGUAUACCCAAGCUUUGCCUAGGGAGUCCGUAGCCAGUUUGCUAAGUCUCAGUGUGGCUUGGGUUUGUGCAGAGCAGAGUAGACAAGGUGUUAGUGGUGGUUGGGCAACAGAGUCAAGGAGAGGACGUGUCUGGGAUGGCAGACCUUCACGUUAACUCAAAUUUCCUUGUGUUUGUGAUAUAGUAGCCUUGAUAGAGCAUGGUAGAAAUUAGUUGUGAUUGAGUAAUUUUGGUGCUGAGAAACACACCAUUGUUAUGUAUAUAUUUAUAUUAAGAUUCUCAAAAUUAUUUAUUGAUAGGCUGUUUAUUAGUUAUUUUUUCUUGAUUCACAUGAUUUGGGAAAAUGUUUGUGGCUUUUCCCCAUGUUUCUAGUCGAUAUUUAUAUCCAUUUCUGCUCAGGUUAUGGCCUAAGGAAUGUUACUUGAGUACCCAUUGCAAGGCAUCAAGCGUGGUAACACAGAUCGAUCUUCGAAUUUGUGGUGACUUGAAGGAAUGUCAACGGUGCCCUGUUUAAUAAAUCUAACAUUGA